AUGGACGUCCCAAAGACCAACAAGAGACGCAAGAUCACGGACAAGUCCGUACCGCAAUCCUUGCUGAACAACCCGGCAUUUGCGGAGGACUCUAAGAUGUAUCAAGACUUGGCCGAGAUGGAGCGCCGGCUUGAUUGGACCGUGUCGAGGAAGAAGGUCGAGGUCCAGGAUGCGCUGGGGCGGACUAUGACGAUAAACCGCACGCUGCGGCUGUUCUUAUCGCAUACGGUGUCAGGUCAGACAUGGCAGACUGGCGUGGAUGCCCCUACACCAAACUUCGAGACCGGAGAAGGCAUACCUGCUUGGCAAUUCAAAUUGGAAGGUCGGUUGUUGGAGAUACCCGGCGUAAAGAGCAAGCACCAGCCACCGCCCCGCAAGUUCACUACAUUCAUCAAACACCUCAUAAUUGAGCUCGAACGGGACCCCAGUGUCUAUCCAGAUGGUAACAUAGUCGAAUGGCACCGUCAAGCGAACAACGUGAACAAUCCCCAGGCUCAGCUCGAUGGCUUUACUAUACGGCGAACCGGCGAUCAGCCGACGAGAAUCAGGGUCGUGCUUCAUUUGACACAGGAGCCGGAGGUGUUCAAGGUGCACCCGGAACUCGGCGAUAUCUUGGGUAUCAAGGAAGAAUCUCGUGUCGGCGUGUUGCAGACGCUUUGGAACUACAUCAAGAUACAGGGAUUGCAAGACAAAGUCGACCGUAGGAUGAUCAGGGCAGAUGAUAAGCUGAAACCGAUUUUCGGUGCAGAUACAGUGCCAUUCCAGCAGCUCCCCGAGAUAGCUAUGCGGUUCCUCCUUCCGGCGGAUCCCAUCAUCCUGCACUACACGCUGAACCCGAGCGUGCUACCUCCUGAAAAGCCUCAGGCUUGGGAUGUAGAGGUGAAGACUGACGACGUCGGCCUCAAAAGUCGCAUGAAUCAUGUCUUGGUAGGAUUGAGCACUGAGAGCGCCAAAGACCUACAGAAACUCGACGACGAGAUUGCCUUGCACGCGCAAUCAUUACACAACUCCCACAUCAAGCGAACGUUCUUGCACCAGUUCGCUCGUGACCCCGCCGCGUUUAUCCAGCGCUGGAUUGAGUCGCAGUCCAAGGAUCUUGAGAGCAUGCUAGGCAGCGGACCCACAGAAGGUUCAACUGCGUAUGAUAUGGCGAGCAAGCAAUUGGGCAAGUUACGACAGUGGGCGGGCGAGGUCAUCUCAUCGAGGGAGAAAACGGUCGCGACGGAUGAGUUCAAAGAGCUCGAGCACGAUGUGGAGUUACGCAGGGAGAGUUUGAUGCGGCUCCAUAUCGCAGCAGAAGACUUCAAGCAUUCGCUCGCGAAGAAGAAAGAUUCGGAUGCUAUGGACGCUGGGGAAAAGAUCACAAGGAUUGAUGCGCUCGGUAUCGUCAUGAUCAAGAAUGGCGAGGAAUACGGCGAAGAGUCUGGAUACGGGUCGGCGUUGAUCAAGCUUGGUCGAGCACAUUGCAAAAUUGCGACUCUGCAAGAAGCAUUCGCGCUCACAUUGCAGGACACGUUUCUUUCCGCCAUGCAACGAUACGGCGAGGAUAUCAAGGCUUACGAUGUCCAAAGGAAGAAGCUGGACAGUCGCAGGCUGAGCUACGAUGCUGCCGUGAGCAAGGUGGAACAUCUGAAGAAGAACAAGAAAACUAAGGAGAAAGACUUGCAGGAUGCAGAGGAGGAACUCGAGAUGGCCAAACAGCGUUUUGAGGAAACCUCCGAAGACGUCCAUGCAAGGAUGUACGCGAUUCAAGAGAAUGAACUGAGCCAGUUGAAAGAUCUCGGUUCGUUCCUUGACGCGGAACUUAGCUUCGUCAAUCAGUACGCAGAAAUUUUGCGCGACGUUAAGUCUGACUGGGUCGAUGAGCACGACCUCAGUAAGCGACCCAGACCCCAUGGCCCCACUCACUCCUUCACGCGAGAGGAAGAUGACCUGAAGAGGUUCGGGUCGGUCAAAUCGACGAAGUCUACUCGCCAUCGCUCUACCCCGCCCUCAGAUGCCGAGACCGAGUCGGAUAACGCAGAUGUCGGUCGCAAAUCUGUAAGCCGCAAACCGUCGAUGGCGCGCCGUAAAUCGAACAUGUCUAUGAAGAGUCGCCAAUCGGAGAAGGAGAAGGACGAGAGCCGUUCGCAUUCGCGUACUCCUUCAAAGUCUGGACGCAAGCGUACGGACAGUUCCGCUACAGCGAAUGGCAAUUCUUCCACUGCGCAGGCUGAACAUGAGGCUGCGAGUUCCAAGAGGCGUAGUAUUGCGGGGUGGAUGAGCUCCAUCGGACGUACCAAAGCGAAGGAUUCAUUCUCUACUCUCCAGGGCCAACAUCCAGAUGACGCGAGCGAGGACGAGGACGAGGACGAAGCGCCGAAGCGUCCCCCAAGCUCGCUGUCGAACAAGUCGUCCAAAUCUGCAAAGAGCAAAUCUAAGACAAGCGACUCCCCCCGUAUUGCCUCUCGCUCUCUCCUACAGAAGCGGGUGAAGGCCUUGUACGAUUUCUCGGGGUCAUCGGACGAGCUCAGCUUCAGGGUCGGGGACGAGAUCGUCGUGCUGAACGAGGUGCUAGAAGAAUGGUGGAUGGGCGAGAUGGACGGAAAGACGGGCCUAUUCCCAUCCACAUAUACGGAGGUCAUUCAGGCACCGACGUCGUCGAAGGCGCCGCCUCUGCCAAGGCGCCCUAGGGCGAGUUCCAGACCACCUACUCUCGCUUCCACACCUCGUUUCAAUGCCACGCAUCCUGCAGACACGGACAGCUACCUCACGAGCGACGCAGACGAUGAUCAUCCCUUCGGCGACCACAUGCUGGUCAGUCACGCCAGGACGCCUGUUUACAACACCUUCGGCGAUGCCGACAGCGCUCUCAGUAGCGCCGCGGAGGACGGAGAAGAGGAGGAACGAGGAUUGAUGAAGAAGCAUGAUAGUCCAUGGGCCGAAUCGGAAUCUACGAUCAGUCGUAAGACCCCUGCCCCACGGAUUCCUCUGCGCCGAGGAACGGAGGUCGGCAGCUCGAACAGCCUGGGGAAGAAGGCACCACCUCCACCCCCGCCACGCCGGGCCAACUCCAGUUUCCAAUCCUCGGCCUCGUCUUUAUCAGCGACGUCGCAGGAGAAACGAAGCAACACGUUCUUGACGUCACACUCGAGCGCCUCGACGUCCAGCCAAUCGUCAUUAUCUGCCUUAGCCGCUGCCACCAGUGGGGGACAUGCUGAAUCGCCGUUCGGUGAAACUGUGGGUUCAUGGUCAGGCCCAUGUAAGGAUUUCAAGCAAAACCCGUUCAAGCCUCGCGGCAUGUGCAGCAACUGUUUCCAGAUGCACGAAUGAUGUCUGCCAUCCUUCAUAUACCCUGAUAUUGUCUCAUACCGGAACUCACCUACCAUCUUACGACUAUAUAUUCAACACGAUGUACCAUAUGCAUAGAUUGGACAGACAACUCAGGAGAACUUGC